GCCCCGCCAGAGCGGAGCGUCGGGGAGGGGACGGGACGGGACGGGAGGCGGCCCGCCCGCCCCUCGGCCCGGCCCUCCUCCGGCCCGCCCCGCCCGCCGCCGCCCCGCCACCGCCCAGCCGCCAGGCGUCUCCCCGGGGCUGGGCACCGCUGCGGGUACGGGAGGAGCCGCCGCUGCGCUCCCCGGCCCAGCGCUGGGGGAGCGGGCGGUGCCCGCGGAGCUGGGCCAUGAGGUGAGCGGGGGCGGCAGGUUUCCUUUGCCUGAUCUGUAAACAUGUCCACAGACCUGCUAUGGUGUGAGGAUUGCGGUAAAAGCCUUAUAGGAGAAUGCAAACUCCACGGACCACUCAUCAGGGCUAAAGAUAGGGUUAUUCCUAGCCGAGCCCGUCUCACCCUACCUCAUUACCUCACUUUGCGAGUGUUGGAGCUGCGAGCUGGAAACCAGCAGAUCCUUGGAGUAUUUGCAAAGAAAGUAAUACAGAAGAGAACACAGUUUGGUCCUUAUGUUGGUCAACUGUCUACAAAACUGACCUGCUAUGAUGAGAGCAGGCUAGUCCUGCAGGUAUUGAAAGAUGGAGGGAAGUACUUCCUGGACACUCCCAAUGAAGACUGUGGAAACUGGAUGAUGUUUGUCCGGCUAGCCCGGAGCCAAGAAGAACAGACUCUUGUGGCUUAUCAGCACUGUGGAGAAGUCUACUUCACAACUGUUAAGCCAAUUGAACCCCACACAGAAUUGAAAGUAUGGUAUGCUGCCGAUUAUGCCAAAUUUAUGGAAGCUUCUGCAGUCUUCAUUAAAGAAGAAUCUGAUGUCUGUCCUUUGCCUCCAGUAACAAAAGAGCCUGUAGACCCUUGGAUAUGCUCCAGCUGUAGAAGCACUUUUGCAACUUUUGCUCUGCUAGAAUCUCACCAGUGCAUCCAUAAAGAUCGAGUCCUUACCACCAGGUUCAGACCACCAAAUAAACUGGGACCUGUAAAAGCAAAAAGUAAACUCAAAGGGAAACUGAGAGGAGCGGCAUUAGGCAAAAGCAUUACUCAGUGCUAUGGGACCAUUUCCUGUUCCUCUGCUGCAAAGCUUAGCUGUGCCAGCUCAGGAAGCAACUGUGAUGCUCUUGUAAGGUUUAUACCUAAAUGGAGAAAUGGCCGGUCUUCACUGUUGAAGGGAAGAGAAGUGAAGCAGCCAGACAGUUACUCUUGCCGACUCUGUGGGAAGAUAUUUGAUUCCAUUGACAAGCUCACAGUCCACUCUUAUGCGCACAAAGGGGAGCGCCCCUACAAGUGUUCACAGCACGGAUGCACAAAAGCCUUCAUUUCCAAAUAUAAACUGCUCAGGCACUCAGCCACUCAUUCUGCACAGAAAUCUCACCAGUGUGGCUACUGUGAAAAGACCUUUCAUAGGAAAGACCAUCUAAAGAAUCACCUUCACACUCAUGACCCUAACAAGAUGGCCUUCAAGUGUGAAGAGUGUGGCAAGAAGUACAACACCAAGCUAGGCUAUAAGAGACACUUGGCUCUUCAUGCAGCCACCAGCGGAGACCUUACCUGUAGGGUAUGUGCCCAGGAGUUUGGUGGUACUGAAGUUUUGUUGGAACACCUCAAAAGCCAUGCAGGGAAACCAACUGGCAAUACCAAGGAAAAGAAACAUAAGUGUGACCACUGUGAGCGUCACUUCUAUACCCGUAAAGAUGUGCGGCGUCACAUGGUAGUUCACACAGGCUGCAAAGACUUUCUAUGCCAGUUUUGUGCCCAGAGGUUUGGGCGGAAGGACCACUUGACUCGCCAUACUAGGAAAACUCAUCCACAAGAACUGCUGAAGAGCAGGUUGCAGAACGGUGAUUCAGUGGGUCUCCUUGACCAGCUUUUUCCAUUCAGGCUGAAGGAAGAUGCCAGCAUACUGUCCCCUUUUCCUGAAAGGGCCUCUGUGCAGAAUGGGAUUUUGAAUAGUUCAGAAUCAGGGGAAUACAACUGUUCACAUCUUCAUUCCCAGCCAAGCUUACAAACUGCUCUUCCUCUUGAACCUUCUCCUCAUUUGCAAAGGAUGGGCUGUGCAGACAGCCUUCCAGCUGUCCAUACCACACCAUGCUCAACAGCCAUUCCUGCCAACCUGAACAUUCAUCAGCCUAAUAAAUAUGACCUUAAUUCUACCUCAUGUGCAGCAGGAGCCCUCAAGAAUCUACCGAUAAAAGUGGAUGUUAAAGGUUACAACGUGCAUCUUCUUGAGGACCUGCCAUUACCGGAACCUCAAUCUCUCCACAAAAUCAGCCUGGAAGAAGCUUCCUCAGGGCCUGUAGGGGAUACUAACAAGUACCCAGUGCACAAGGAGACAGAGGGAGCAGCUGAAACUAUGAGCCUGCCUUUCAUGGAUCUCACUCAUGUGAUGAGUUUCUGGCAGCUCCCACCAGCUGACAACCAGAACACUACUGGGGACAUCACAAUGGCAUUUGGUCCAGAGGAACCGUCACAAAUGCUGAAUGGCCUCAGCCAACAGCAAGGUCUUCAGCUGGCAACUGGUGGGAUGGCCAUAAACCAGCUGCAUCAUCUUCCUCGCUCCUUUCCAUCCACUACAAAUUCUGUAACGUUGCCUCAUUUUCACCAUGCCUUCAAAUAACUAUCACCGUGGGGGUGGUUUUUUUCCUUCUGUUUUUAAGACUGUGCUUCUUACUUAAAUAUGUUAGGACGGGGUGGUUUUGGUUUGGUUUUGGUUUAUUUUUGAGAAAAACUGCCCCACAUGUUUUCAAAGCACGUUAUGAGCAUGGUAGUUUAAUUCAGGAUGUAAAUAAACAAGAAGCUCUAUUUUUCAUACUACUAUUAGUUUUUUAGCAUAUGACAAUAGCAGGACUAACAUAUUUCCCUCAACACCCGCUAUAUUUUUGUUUCUUACCUUUCACGCAAACAACUGUGUAAAUAACUUCAAUGAUAGCAAAGCAUCGUAACAGGCACAGUGAAACUAUGGCUGCUGCGGCAGGAGAAAUAGGGUUAGGGUGAAUGGGAAGAAGGGAGAAAUCACAUAAUAAUAAUUUUGAUGAGCCAUAAAUCACAGCAAAUUCAUACAUGUAGCAAAUGUAACAAACGAUUUAUCAACAUCACGUAGAUUUCUGUGAAGCACUUAAUUACUGGACUUUACGAAUCUUUAAUUUUAAUCAGAAUCAUUCCAAGAAUAAAUCUUACCUCCUUGUUUCACUUUUUAAAAUGAAGAUCGCUAUUGUGAUUAUGUUUAACUAGAUCUUGUUUUCUGAAACACACUUGAGCUGUGCACAUUUCCUGUAUUUUUUCCUAGGGCUGGAACAUAACUCCCACUUCUGCAUGACCAUGUAAGAACCAAUGUCUUGUAUUUGUGCUGUUUCCAGAAUGGGAAGCGAAUGGUCUCAAAGGUUAGAGCAAAACAUUAAUUGUCACUUAGAGCUGGAUCUGGCAAGGUAUCAGACACAGAAGGGUUGUGGUGGGGAGCCAGCACCGGGCCCUGUUCAAAACCAGGUUAUGAACCUGCCUCACAAGCAUCACCUGAAAUUUGUGGGUGGGUGUGGUAACAGUCAAGGCCAUUUUAAUCACAGGGGUUUUGCUCAGUAGCAUUGGGAGAGCUGCAGUUGGACUUCCAGCCUUUGUCUCUUCUAAACCAGAAUCACCGUGACUUUUGUUUUAUUUCCUGGGGUAAAUCGUCCAUGUACAUUUCCAGUUGACAGUGUGUUGGCGUGGCGGUCCUAUCACCUGAUGCAUGAACUGGCAGAAAUUGCAAAAAUCACAUCACCCAGUGGAUGACAUUAUUAAAAAACAAACUUUUUCUUACCUAACCCAUAAUUAUUAAAAAAAAAUAAUUGUGGUCUUAAUGGUGAUGUAGUUACUAAUAGAUUGUGUUGCAGCUAAAACAGACACAGAAUUUCUGAAUCUGAGUAAAUUCUCAAACCCAGAGAGCUACUUUUCCAUUAAAUCCAGAGAGAGUUAGUAGUACCUGAUGGUCAUUACAAAUAUAGCAUGAAGCAAGCAUAUUCUCUUCUCCCCCAUUAAUCACAGGAAUAUUUCCAGACAGCAUCAAAUAAAUAUUUUUUUAAAUGCUUGCUGUUUUGCUGUUAAUGAACUACACUGAGCUGAAUAUUCUUACAAGUUUAUCGGAACUUGGAUUAAGGAAAGGUGGUAUUCUUGCAAUUCAUGCAAGAAUAUGUUCUUCAGAUACACUGUUGAGGGGUAUUUUUUUGUUAUGAAAAUUUUUGGCAUAAGGCAAACCAGAAGGAAUUUUAAGAUCAUACUUGUAAUGACAACAGCAGGAGGAGGAGCAGGUGCUGCACAGUUCGUGCCCAGUUAGCAGCUAUUUAAGUUAUGAGUUCUAGAAUAGGGAGAAGGUUGCAAACAAUGUUAUAUGCACGUUCUACAGCUAGGCUCAUAUUUUCAUCUGGACUUGGAAAGGGGAUGUGUGUGUAUGUGUGUGUAUUCACUUUACUGCAUUUUUUUUUCCUUGUUCAUGCAAAUUGUAUUCACUUGGCUUCAUCCAAGCUUAUGUACUUGUAAAAAAAGAAAAAAAACCAACCCACCACACAAAUUUUGUAGCACUUCCUGAUCAUAUACUGUUAAUAGACAUUUUGUAAUUUUGGUUUGUGCUUCUAUAAGAGGUGUAACUAA